UGAAAAAAUUAUUUUUUAAUAGAACUUAUUAAUUUAAAGACUUUUUACUGUAUUCCUAAUUACAGUUGCCCGGACUAUGCAACAAAAGUGAAAUACAUGAAUGAAUAUCAUUCCUCAUCAUACAAAAAGUAAUGGGAAAUGUGAUAAAAAUCUAUAAUCACUUAAAAAAAAAAAUCUAUAAUCACUUACUAAACUGCUAAAAGAAGGAAUACAAUCCAAAUCUUAGGGAGCCUGUUUAAUCAAUAAUCAUUUGCCUUGAUCUAUAUGUUAAUUAUUACUACUAUUUACCUAUAUUUUUUUCCACAUGCAACCAAUAUUCCGUGAGGAACGGUGUCGUUUGGCAGCAGCAAACUGUUCCCACAGAAACGAAAUCCUCUUGCAAUAUUGUUGAAUAAGCUGGAAAUAUUAACAGCAAAAAAAAGAACGCAAGACGACAGCCCCACUCCCGCCCCGCCACCCUCCCAUCCAUCCAUACAAAUUCCCCCAACCCCUUUUUCCGAAGGGGAAAAGCUUUUCUCUCUUUUCUGUUUACAGGAAAAAAAAGAAGGAAAUGGCGUCUUUGGUUAUGCCAGCUCCAACGCCGUCGUCGUCUUCCUCACUCUCUUCAUUAUCAUCGUCGUCGUCGGCUGCCUCCCCUGCUCCCCUGUUUCCGGGUUCAUCUUGUUCUCUGGGUCGGCGAAGCGUUUCCCAGCCGUUUCAUAGUUUAAACGUGAAAUGUGAAAUUGCUGAACCAAUGAAUGGAAAGCCUUGUGUUCCAAUCAUCAAUGAUCAAAUCCUUCCCAAAUUCUUGCAAUCUCGCCGCUUGGAGAGUGCUGUCAAAAAAAGUGAAACCAAGCUGAAGAUAUUUUCAGGCACAGCAAAUACUGUGCUUUCUCAGGAAAUUGCUUGGUACAUGGGCCUUAACCUGGGAAAAAUUAAUAUAAAGCGGUUUGCUGAUGGUGAAAUUUAUGUUCAAUUGCAAGAGAGUGUCAGAGGUUGUGAUGUGUUUUUAGUGCAGUCUACCUGCCCUCCAGCCAAUGAAAACCUGAUGGAGCUUUUAGUGAUGAUUGAUGCGUGUCGAAGGGCAUCAGCUAAGAAUAUCACUGCAGUAAUUCCUUAUUUUGGCUAUGCCAGAGCUGAUAGGAAGACACAUGGUCGGGAGUCUAUUGGUGCCAAACUGGUUGCUAACCUGAUUACAGAAGCUGGAGCAGAUCGUGUACUGGCUUGUGAUCUUCAUUCUGGCCAGUCCAUGGGUUAUUUUGAUAUCCCAGUGGAUCAUGUUUAUUGUCAGGUAGGAGCAGAAGUCUCGAGUAAUGUUUAUGCAGAUGUAAUGUGCCAUGCUUAUGCAGCUUUUGUUUUCUGUCCACAGCCUGUUAUUCUUGACUAUCUUGCUAGCAAGAAGAUCAGUACCAGUGAUCUGGUCGUAGUUUCGCCUGAUGUUGGAGGAGUUGCUAGAGCUCGUGCUUUUGCCAAAAAGUUAUCUGACGCACCUUUAGCCAUUGUUGAUAAAAGGAGACACGGCCAUAAUGUGGCUGAGGUCAUGAAUCUGAUUGGAGACGUGAAAGGAAAGGUUGCUGUUAUGGUGGAUGACAUGAUUGACACAGCAGGAACCAUUGCAAAAGGUGCAGCCCUUCUGCAUGAGGAGGGGGCCAGGGAAGUAUAUGCAUGCAGUACUCAUGCAGUUUUUAGCCCUCCAGCAGUUGAGAGAUUGUCAAGUGGUUUGUUUCAAGAAGUUAUUGUCACUAAUACAAUCCCAGCAAUGGAGAAAAAUUAUUUUCCCCAGCUAACAGUUCUUUCGGUCGCAAAUCUCUUGGGUGAAACAAUUUGGCGAGUUUAUGAUGAUUGUUCGGUGAGUAGCAUUUUCUUGUAAAUCGAAGGGAGGUGAAGGGUUCGUGAGAUUAGACAUGAAAGUAAGGACAUUUGAAAUACCUUUUUCUUUCUUUUUGCUCGGAAAAUACCUUGUGUUUUUCUUAACUUCCUACCGUAGGUGAUUGAUCCAAACCAUAUUUACCCACACAAAACAUGACAACAUUGAUCUAUCACACAUCACAACGUUUUGGUGCCCGAUUCAGUAUCAAUUUCAAUAUGCCUAAUCCCUUGUUUGUUUCUCGCAAGCCUAUUACUAUUUAUCCCACCUAUUCUGGAGAACAGAGGUAUCGAUGAUGGUGACAAAUAUAUAGCCUGGCCAAGUGACUGCCUUCUGCCUUGUGAAACAGGGAGUUUUUAGACUAUAGAGAAAAUGCUCAGCAGGAAAAUUCUUUAGAGAUGAAUACAUUUUUAGGAUGUAGAACUUCUUCAUGUUCAAUGGUUUUAUGUUCCAUUUCCAAAAAAAUAGAUAAAUACAAAAAGGUUCUAUGUUAACUACUAUUUUCUUAUCUUUUUGUGGCAUUAACUUUCCUAAGCAUGGAGGAGGUUUUGCCCGUAUCCUAUUUUCUAAUUGUAUCCUAUCAUCCCGAUGCAGGCCAAUAUUGCCAUUUACCAUUACUUAGUUACAGAUUGGUAAUUUUAAAUUGUCCCUGUUCAUGUGAUGUUUUAGUUAGACAUUUACACAUUCCCUCUGAUCAUAUAAUAAUCAGGAUAAUCAGUAUCACAUUAUAAUUAAUAGUUAAAUGCAACACAUAUAUCUCUAUCACUUCCAUGUAAUUUGAUCAUCACUAUUGUAAUGUUCAUAGUUCUU